GAGAGGAGGGAGCCAUGAUAUCUACACCACUGACAUCUGUUCCUCUUAGGCACUGCCUGGGGCACUGUGAGGUCUAAAGGCUCCCCCCACUGGGGAGUGGCUGAUGAGGCCAGGUAGCCCCCUUCUAGGGACAAUGGAGUGUCACAGGAGAUGGAGCUGCUUGUCUUCAGCCUGGCUUCUCUUUCUUGGAGUAUUUGUUUUCAGACAGACAUGGGCAGUCCACCACAGGCAUAUGGGACAGUUGACUGGAGUUGGCACAGCCCACUCUCUCUUGGAACUAAGUGCAAUUAGCUUAUUAGAUGACGUUGAAGUGAUAUCUUACAACAAAGCACACAAGCAAAUUGAUUUAAAGAUACCCUGGAUCUCUAAAGCACUGGGAGUUAAGUAUCUUACAGAGCUGCAUGAUUUAUUGGUGAAGCAAGAGCAAUAUUUCAGAUGGACUAUCGAAAUCGUAGAACGGAAUGACACAAGCCAUAAUAGAAACCACACAGCCCAGCUCCUGGCAGAAUGUGAAAUAGAUAAUAACAUCACAGUAAAGAGUCACAUGCAUUUAAUUUGGGAUGGGGAGGAAUGUUUCAGAAUAGAUGAAGAGUCUGGGCACUGGGAGAACAUAAAUCCUGAAUUCAAGGAAUACCAACAGACUCUGGAGAGACCAUUCUGGACUUCUCUAAGGAAACAAUAUAUGAAGCUCUAUUGUGUUGACGGGAUCAGGAAAAUAAUCGGGUACUCAAGCAUAAGGGAUAAUGUGGUCCCCGAGGUGGCUGUAUCUCAACAUGUCAGCCCAGAAGGCAGCAUCAUUCUCUCCUGCAUUGCCUCAGGUUUCUACCCUCGCUCCAUCCUGAUGCGCUGGGAAAAGUAUGGGAAGUUGGGGAUUUGGGGAAAUGAGAGUUCCAGUGGUACCCUGCCCAAUAUGGAUUCCACCUUCUACCUCAAAGUUACCUUGGAGCUCCCACCAGAGGACUCAGGUGCAGGUUAUACCUGUGUGGUAGAACACAGUGAGCUGAAGAGUCCUGCUAUAUAUUCAGUCCCUAGAAAGCCCACUAUGAACAAGUCUUGGAUUCUUGCACUGGGUAUUACGUUGGCUGUCAUCGUUCUGCUGAGCUGUGCUGGUGCCUUUAUCAUAUGGAAGAAGAAGACAGGUUCAACAGGUCAGCUGGAAAGAGCUUUUCCUUCUACUCCUCCUGCUCCUUCCUCCUUACCAUAA